AUGCACAGCCAUAAUUUUACAUUGGCAGAAGGCCAACCAGUUGCAGACCCAUCCGUCAGCACCACGUUGCCUACUUUUGGUGGAGGUGGUAUCACAACGCUGGGUGACACGCUUCUCCUUGAGACACUUGCACACUUCAACCGCGAACGUAUCCCUGAAAGAGUUGUGCAUGCCAAAGCUGCGGGUGCUUGGGGAGAAUUUGAGGUUACAAACGACAUUUCUUCCCUUACCGCGGCCAAGUUCCUCAAUGGUGUUGGAAAGAAAACUCCUCUUCUAUUCCGUCUAAGCACAACUGGAGGUGAAAAGGGUAGUGCCGAUACCGUCCGCGAUGUUCGAGGCUUUUCUGUCAAGUUCUUUACGGAGGAAGGUAAUCAUGAUAUUGUCGGGAAUCAUAUUCCGGUGUUCUUUGUCCGCGAUCCUGUCAGGUUUCCUUCUCUCAACAGAAGCCACAAGAGACAUCCUGCCACCAACCGACCGGAUUGGACCAUGUUCUGGGAUUUCCAUACGAACCAACCGGAAAGUGUUCAUGCUUUGAUGCAUCUUUUUGGUACUCGGGGUAUUCCUGAUUCCAUCCGCCGAGUCACAGGAUUUGGUGUACAUACAUUCAAGAUGGUAUCAGCUGAUGGUGGGUUCCGCUACUGCAAGUUCCACUUCCGGCCUACCCAGGCUAUCACCCACUUCUCGGGCCAGGAAGCUACUCGCAUGGCUGGCGCAAACGCCGACUUCCACAAUCAGGAUUUAUGGGAUGCCAUUGUUCGGGGAGAAUUUCCGGCAUGGAAACUUUACGUGCAGGUCAUGGAGCCCACGCAGGCUGAAACCUACGGCCGUGGUCUAUUUGAUAUCACCAAAGUUUGGCCCCACAAGGACUUCCCCUUGAUCGAAGUUGGUCAAAUGACUCUUAACAAAAAUCCCGAGAAUUAUUUUGCUGAGAUCGAGCAAGCGGCAUUUUCCCCUUCUAACAUGGUCCCUGGGAUUGCAAUGACACCUGAUCCUAUGUUGCAGGCACGUAUGUUCGCUUACCCCGAUGCUCAACGAUACCGUCUGGGAGUGAACUACACCCAGCUUCCUUCAAACCGUGCGAUCUGCCCUGUUUACGCGCCAUUCGAGCGCGAUGGUAUGGGAACUAUGACCCGAAACUAUGGUGGUGAUCCGAACUAUGUCCGAAGUUCACUCGGGAGUGGUGUUCCCAGCCAGAUUGUUUCCAACGUGCGACACACUGAACGCAUCGCGGUUAACUCUGUUCUCGGUCAAAACGAAAUUGUAGUGGAUGAUGAGGAUUUCGUUCAGCCACAGGAGCUAUGGAGAAGGGUGUUUGAUGAGCCCGAGAGAAGGCAGUGGGUAUCAAAUGUGUCGGAGACUUUAGAAGGAGUGCCUGGUCAGCUAAAGGAUGCUGUCAUUGCCAUGUUUAGCAAGGUUGAUCCCCAUAUUGGUCAAUUGCUAGAUGCUAAGCUUAAGAGUAUUUCACGUCUUUAG